UAGGUAUCCCGUAUCACUUAUCAAGUCAAACUUCAAAGACAUCGGUCGACCUUGUCUAGUGCAGUCAACACCGUGUGCUGUCGAUUGUCCAAAAACCGUUUGUACGUCAACCAUUUGAGUGUUGUUUUUUGCCGUUUUCCACGUACUGAGAAUCAAAAUGACUGAACCAUCGCCGAAAAAAUUGAAAUCUUCAUGUUUAACUCAAUUGAAAAACUUCACAGUGGUCGUAGCCGACACCGGUGAUUUUGAAACAAUGAAGAAAUAUAAGCCAACCGAUGCUACUACAAACCCAAGUUUAAUUCUUGCAGCUGCAAAAAUGCCACAGUACAAAGAUUUAAUAUCUAAAGCCCUUAAAUUUGGAAUCGCUAAUGGAGAAACAAUAAAGGAACAAACCGAAGAAGCAAUGGAUCAACUGGUUGUUUUGUUUGGAACGGAAAUAUUGUCACUAAUUCCAGGACGAGUUUCUACAGAAGUCGACGCAAGGUUGUCGUUCAACAAAGAUGCUAGUAUCGCCAAAGCUAUCAAGUAUAUAAAGAUGUAUGAAAAAGCUGGUAUUAGCAAAGACCGCAUUCUUAUAAAAUUAGCAUCCACUUGGGAAGGUAUACAAGCAGCCAAAGUUUUGGAGCAAGAAUAUGGGAUUCAUUGUAAUUUAACUUUGUUGUUCUCGAUAUACCAAGCGAUUGCGUGUGCUGAAGCCGGUGUUACUUUAAUAUCUCCAUUUGUUGGACGUAUUUUGGAUUGGCAUGUCGCAAACACCGACAAGAAAAGUUUUGAACCCUUAAAAGACCCGGGUGUCGUUUCGGUUACUAAUAUUUACAAUUACUUUAAGAAGUUCAACUAUCAGACGGUCGUAAUGGGAGCAUCUUUCCGUAACACUGGAGAAAUUAAAGCGCUGGCCGGUUGUGAUCUGUUGACUAUUAGUCCGAAGCUGUUAGAAGAAUUGGACAACACAAAUGAACCGCUGACAGAAUACUUGUCUGUUAAAAAUGGUAAAGCUGCUGACUUGGAAAAAGUUGACUUGGACGAAGCAAAAUUCCGUUGGGAAAUGAAUGAAGACAAAAUGGCAAAUGACAAAUUGUCCGAAGGCAUAAGAAAUUUUGCUGCCGAUUCUCGUAAACUAGAGAAAAUACUUGUGGAUAUGUUAAAGGAAAUCAAGUAAAUACAUUGGCCUAAAUUGGUUAAAGAUUUUAUUUCAUGGGAUCAAAUAGUUUUUAAAAAUGAUUUAUGUUAGUUAAAUUUUUAUAAAAAAUAAUAUUGUUGUAAGGUAAAAUUAUAUUUUAAAUUUUGUUACAAAUUUGUUAUUUUGUUACCGAAAUUAAUUAUACUGUGAUAAAUGUUCAGUUGGUAGUUCCGAUAAAAACAUUUUAUUCAUUUUCAAAAUUCA